CACAAAUUUUCAAAAUGCUAUUGUUUACAACCUUACACAACCUUUGCUGAUGCAAUUGCUUAAAUCAAAAUGAUAAGAACGAAUCCAUGGCUUUAUUGUUUCUUUCUUUUUCGCUUUAAUUUUAUACUAUAAUUAUUUUAGCAGAAGACAGGUGUUACUGGCUACUAUACACUGAUAGGAAGAUUUAUCCAUAAACUUUUUGGCUACUUGUUCGAGUUGGAAAAGUCUAUCGUCCGAAGAGAGGUCUAAACGAAAGGAUGGUGCCCUUAGAAGCGAUUGUGCCGGCAGCUCAAAACAAUAUAAACACGCAAUUCAUUUUAUUGGAGAAAGGGAAGAUAAUAUGGGAUGGUCAAAACAAGAUGUGUUUGGGGCUUGUGGCGGACAAGACAGCGGCGGUUCACUUACAACUUUGGGGUGAGGAGUGUGAGGCAUUUGAGGCAGGUGAUAUUAUUAGGAUGGAGAAUGGGAUUUUCUCUUACAACAAGAACAAUUUGGUGUUGAGAGCAGGCAGGAGAGGGAAGGUGGAGAAAGUGGGAGACUUCACUAUGGAGUUUGUGGAGACACCUAAUUUGAGCGAGAUUAAAUGGGUUCCUGAUCCUAAUAAUUCCAACAAGUAUGUUAAACACUCAGUUAUUUCUCCUUAUUCACGUAUCUUCCCCCCAAUUCCCUAGCUUUUUUCAUGCCUUGAAUUUCUUUUUGGGUUGUCUUUAUAUCCCUAUGUUAUCAUUUGACUCUAUGAAUUUCCAAACAUUUAUGUCA